AUGUGCCGUAUUACAUUCCAGCCGUGUCCUUUAUUCGCCCGCGCGCGCACCCACCCGCUCUGCCCACCGAAAGCACUUCCAAAGAAAUACCGCCACAACCAGCAACUAGUACGGCGGCGGCCGCCUUUCUCUCAGCCUCUUCCACAGCUGUUCGACCCUAUUAGACCACCGCGGCUGGAAGAGUUCCGAAUGGAACGAGAGGGGAAGAGGGAGCAUUCUAUUCCCUUUCCUACUGGUCCGUGGCGGCAGGACUCUCCGGGCUCCCGACGUUUCAUUGGCUAACACGUUCCUCUUCUCCCCACCCUGGAGCUAAUUGGUGGAGCUUGAGCGUGGAGAGGAUGGAAUCCCGGGUACGAGGCGUGCAUAUGUGUAUGUGUGGAGGGCUCGGGGUGCAAAGCAGAAACUGACCCGCCCUGCUGGUCACCUGCAACAAACACAUAUAUACACAUACACAUAUAUGCAUAUUCUCUAACACACACACACACACACAUACAUAUGUGUCUGUUAUGUAUAUAUAUAUGGGUAUGUAUAUGUAUGGAUUGGGAUUGACUUUUAACAGGGCGCGCGCGCGCACACAGACGGACUGUGCCUGCGUGAAGGCAACUGUGCACAUCCGGGAGGGCGCGGGUGUUUGGAGAGAGCGCGCCGCAUUUUCCUUGCAUUGCUACGCAGGGCUCCCUCUGAAGGGGAUUCGCGGCUGAAACUGAGGGAGUUUGCAGCUGUCAAGGGGAGGUGGAGGGGCUCCUGUAGUUGAAGCAAGAGAAACAAAGAACAUGGCGAGGCAUUACAAGCAAAGCGAAGAAGAGGUGGAGUCUGAGGUGACGGGAACCGAGUUUCUUCCCGCCCCUUGGGAAGCAGGCGGGCGGCGGCGGGGCGGGGGGAGAAGAAGAAGGGAAGGACAGUCGGAGGGGAGGACCGUGGCAAGCCGGCGGGGCUCCCGGAUGAGGAAAAGCGGGCAGGGGCGAGUUUUGUUUGUGGCAGUUUCGGGAGGAGGAGGGGGCUACACGUGACGCGUUUGGCGCUCAAGUUGCGCGAUUUGUUUCAUUUCCCCUUAAGUGCAACAACUGCAAGUAAGAGUGGGAGGGAGCGCGCCAGGAUCCGUCCCUUGUGGAGAAGAGAGGCUUGUUGCAGCCGUCCUCCUCCUGCUGGCUGUGGGGGAAGAAGAGCGCUGUGGGGCGAGCGGGCGGGCGGAGUGGACCUGGCACGCCAAGGGGACUCUGCCGGAGCUUCGGGAGCCUGAAGUCGGGCAGAGAAGCGCGGGGCGGAGCGGGUGGCGGCGUCGGGCUGCCCCGCCUCUUCUACCCCGCCGGGACCAGCGGGGUUGAGCGCGAAGAACUACGCCGCAGGUGGAAGGGAGGCUGCCGCCGCCGCUGCCGCCUUUCUCCCCUCGAGGGAGGCCUCUCUGUGCCGUCCGGGAAGAUGCUUUUGGAGGAAAGAGGCCGGUCGCCGGUCGCCUGACUUCUGUUGCUUCGCUGCGUGGCGUUGCAAGCCGUAGGGGCUGGACAAAUAGGGGAAGGUCGCCUUUUUCCUUGCUCGCGGGUGGCGAAUAGCGCGCGCCUUGCUACGAGCAGAAGGCGAAGGAGCAACGUUCCCGAGCUGCAUUUUUGUGAGGGACAAGAUUUCCCGGGAGCUUGUGUGGCUGCGAGGGGUGGCGGGAGACGGAGCUCGGGUGCUCUCCUCUUUCGAAAACUGUAACUUCUGGUUGAUCUGGAGAGAAGAGGAAACAUCAUCGCUUUCCCUCCCUUCUCUCUGACUGCUCUUAACUUAGGACCCAAAUAGCAACUGUGGAUCGCAAACAGGGAGAGGUAUUGGCAAAGGGAUGAAACACAUCAUGUCCCCUUCCUGAAUGCUGUAGUAGAUCAAGCGGGAAGGCUCGAAAUGACUAACCUUAAGUUUGUUUUGUUGUUGUUACAGCGGUGGAAAUGGCAGGCUCUUACUUACAAGUUCUGGAAGUGGUGGCAUAACGGGAGUGAGCUGUGCAGGUGCAGCGACAGGUAUUGGGGGAAAGGAGAGAAUUGCUACCUUUCUCUUUUUGAAAGGGGUUCAUAGGAGCGGAAUCAGGUUAAUCAGCUGUGCUUGGUAGUUGCUUACAGCCCAAUCCUAUGCGUUUACUGGGAUGCCCCACUGAAUUAGCUAUAGAGUUUACUCCAAAAAUAAGUGCACGGAGAAUUUGAGUGGGAGACUAACUUCUGAACUCUUGUGGUGGGAAGUCAGUAGUUUUUCUAAGCAGAGGUUGUUUGCUAAUGCAGCAGGUGGGCUUAUGUGCAGCAAGAGGAGCUGACAGGGCUGCUACAAGUGCAUAUGAAAUGCCUCUUUUGUAUGUAAGCAAGCAAUUCUGUAUUUUAGAGUAUUAAAAAGAAGCCAUCUUGUUGGCUGAAGUGUGUGGAAAAUCUCUCUAGCAUUACCUUUGACUUUAAUUGUACUGCUGCAGUUGUUUGGUUGUUUGGUGUAGGGUCUGUGCUACGCUUGUAAAGAGGAGUAAAUGUUUCUGAAGUUCAAAAUGCAGCUUAAGCUGUUUUGUGCUCCCCAGUCCCUCAGAGAUCAAGGCGAAUCUUUUUCUUUUUUUAAAAAAACACCCUCUUAGUGUUAAGGAGAACUUUAAUACCACUUCAUGUCAUUGUUGACCUUGGAAGCCAGUUCUAAUGGGUUUUCAGCCCUCAGAGGCCACUCAAAUUCAUUAUUCACAUAGAGGGUUUACAGUCUGCCCUUGGGAAAGCAUAGAAAUAUGCUUUUGAACCAUUUGCCCAUCUUGACAUGGUAGAACAGCUCACCCCGCCCACAAACUACAUUAAAGGGGGAAAUACUAAGAACAAUCUUCUAGCAAAUAAUGUACUCUCAUUUCUUUUUUCCAGUCCAUCUGUGUUAAAGAUUAUUUAAUGAAGGCUUUUGCGGUAUACAGAUACAACUCUGUCACCCACUGCUUGAUUCAGCAGCAUGAAGAUAUUGUUUGUAUUUGGGGAGCACGCUCCAUUGGUUACUGCACCAACAAGGUGCUUCACUUUUGGCCAGUGAAAUGCAUGGUUUUUCCUAGAAAAGUCUGCAGUAACUUGAGUGCUUCCUAAGAACCUUGACUGAGACCAAAAUAUGUUUAUGGCAGCAGGGUUUGUUUGUUUUUAAGUUCUGAUAAGUUGUAUUGUUUUACAUGGUAAUGUAGUUGGGCACACUUCAGAAGUUGCGCAGUCGAAACCUCUUCACAUCAACAUACUGUUUCCCCAAAUGCCCAGUGAUCUUGGUGCAAAGCAGAAAGGGGUGCCUUGGUCUACUUGAUUAAGCACAGUUAAUAAGAAAGCUUAGCAGCAUUCUAGCCAUUCUUAUAAAUACUAAUUACUCUUUUGCAGAAAACAGUGGUUAUCUAUUUUGCAUGUGCAUACACAGACUUGGUGCUCAUAGAACUUUAAUGUAAUACGACCAUUAUAGAGUUUGAGGAUGCCAUUACAUACUGACCAAACUUCAGAAGACUUUCCCUCCCCCUCAGAAGUGUUGACAUUUAAUUGACCUUUGAAGGCUCAUUCUGUUAAUCAUACUCAAAGCACUAAAGCUAUGGUCCACUGAUCUGGUGUUCUUCCAUUUAGCCGUGUUCAGCAUAUAAAUUCUGCAGCAUAAUUGCUACUUAUUGAGCAAGAGUUUCUUUUCUUUUCUGAAAAUGAGAGAGGCUUGCUUUGCCUCAGGCAGGCCACUUGUAGAGUUCUGAUUCCAAACUGCUUUCCUGUCAUUAGUUGGAGGGUGUGGCUUCUAGUUAGGAAAGCAAUGGAAAUUCUUGCCUGCUUAAACUGCUUUUUUAUGCUUCCUGAAGCAGUUUGCAAAUGGGUAGAUGGAUAACCUUGAAAACUUGAAUGUCCUCUGUCUUGCAUAAAUUGAAGCAUGUGUUCUAAAAAUGACCCAUGAUCUGUAAUCUCUCAGAUUUUAUUUUCCUGGGACACUUAGUAUUACAUUUUUGAAGCAGGUUAACAUCCUAAGUAAAAACAAUGUGGUGGGGGGGGGAAUGUUUAUGUUAAACGUUCAAACUAUAAAUAUAUUUAAAGAACUAAUACAUACCGAGCACAUGCAUCUUCAACUUUUUCUCAAGAAUUGCCAAAAACCAUAUUAAUAAUCAUCGAUCAUUUUUGUGUGCAGGGCAGUUACUGAGCAGUUAACUUGGCAUUAGUUGUAUUACCGAGGCAGAACUUUUGUCUGAAGUGCCAGCCUUUGCUUUGGAGUUUGUGUGUUUCUCAUUUGAGAAUGGAGCUUGUUUUCUGUAUGUGUCUGUUUUGUGUGCUUUUUAUUUAUCUUAUAAAAAAAAAAUACUAGCCAGUCAGUGGCUAGUUUAUUAAGCGACAUAACGCUUGUAGAUAUGAUUCCUUGUUAAUUUGCCAGUGCAGCUGAAAACAAGAGGCUGGUUUUGUAUGAAUAGAUUAAUGACACCUUAGGGAAGGAGAGGUUGGAUUUCUUAGUAAUUUUGCUCGUACAAACCAAACCCACAAAUAUAGAGGGUGGAGACGAGCUUGGAGACAGUUCCCAAACUGUAGAUUUGUUUGGCGUUGCUGGCACUCUACCCAGGCCCCAGGGUAAUAAUUUAGUGUCAACAUGUACAUACAGAGUUACAGGCUUAUGGUACCAAGGUGAUAGAUGUCUUUGAAAUACCUUUACCAUCUGAUCAUAUAACUUAAAGCACCAACACAUAAAUGCAUAGGAUGGUCAUUAGUGUAAUCAAGAAGGUUAAGGGUCUAGGUCUCAGUUAUGGAACUCCACAUUUGUGGGCCUUUCAGUAUUAGCUGGGCUGCUAAUGUUGGCACGGAACUUGCUCUCAUAUCAGUAGUUUAAGUGAAGUAUGCAUAACAACCUCAGACAUCAUACAGUGCUUCAAAGGCACUGCUGCUAACUUUAAGCCAUAAAAUAGGGAUUUCCACAUCCUGUUUGAGGUACAAUCUCUGACUGAGCCAUGCAGCGCCAGCAGUUAGAAAUGUAGGUUCUGCCACUGCAAUGGAGAUUGAGUUCCCCCACUUGGCCAGCUUCUCAUUCUUUAAUAGUUCUUGCCUGGAUUUUUGUUCAGAUACUUGUAUUCUGUCUCCUUCAAGACCAUUGUGUUUCGGCCAUGUUUAGUUAUUGUUGCAUCCGUGAGGAUGGGCUUAUGCCAAUUGACAGCCACUUCAGCAUGGAUGUGGAGCUAUCGCUGCAAUGAGGUUUUGAGCAUUAGGGCUGCUAGAUAAUACCAGAUUUGAGGUGUAAUAUAAAAUUGGUCAUAGGUUCCCUGGUUAGAGUAAUAGUAAGCUGAACAGGAUGAUAGUGUACAGCAUACAUAAUUAACUAAGGGAACUUGCCCAGUCCUUUUUUUCAUUAAAACGUGCUUUCUCCUGUCUGUAACUUGAGGAGCAGGUUUACCAUUAAUACAGGAAAAGAAAUCUGUUGGAUUAUUCAAAGUCUAUAAAAAUAAGCUUUCAAGAGUUUUAUAUAUUUGAAAUAUCAUCUGUUCAUUUGUUAUAUUGUAUAUAGCGUGGGCCACAUUUGGCAUGCCAGGAUUCCUAAUAUGGCCUAUGAAACCAAUUUUCUCAAGUCAUGUCUACUCAUCUGACAUCAGGUAUGACAUAGGUAAAGCUGCAGCUGCUAAGGAACAGUUGGGAGCCUUGAGAAUGCUCUCCCUAUUGCUUCUUUUCAAAUGUGGCUUGAAUUUGGCACACUUUAAAUUUGGUGCCACUUAAACUUGAAGUAAUUAGGGAUGUGGGUGGCACUGUGGGUUAAACCACAGAGCCUAGAGCUUGCCGAUCAGAAGGUUGGCGGUUCGAAUCCAUGCGACGGGGUGAGCUCCCGUUGCUCGGUCCUUGCUCCUGCCAACCUAGCAGUUCGAAAGCACACCAGAGUGCAAGUAGAUAAAUAGGUACCACUCUGGUGGGAAGGUAAAUUGCGUUUCCGUGUGCUGCUCUGGUUCGCCAGAAGCGUCUUAGUCAUGCUGGCCACAUGACCCGGAAGCUGUACGCCGGCUCCCUCGGCGGGUAAAGCGAGAUGAGCGCCGCAACCCCAGAGUCAUCUGCGACUGGACCUAAUGGUCGGGGUCCCUUUACCUUUACCUUUAAAGUUGAAGUUGAUGCUGAAUGCAAGAUGUUUGGCCUGGAGUGGUCACACAUGGGAGCUCCCUAAAGGCGCUAACCUGACGGCACAGCUUGCAUAUGGCACCAAAUUACAAAUGACUCUGAAUGCAAGCCGUGCUUGCAACGGAAGAAUUAGGAGUCCUGUCAUUUUGCUAGCAUGGUUUUCAGUUGGUGCUGUUUACAUUCGGUCCCGAAUGCAGGCUGCAUUGCUUUGGCUGGGCCAUCUGAUGUCAUAGGAUGUUGGGUGGUUGACUGGUAGGUUGUCCCUCCCAGCUGUCAAAUGUGGCAUGUAGACUACUCACCCGCAGAUCAGACAAGGUUCUUCAGCCCAAGUAAAGUUCUGGAGACAUAGAGCUUACUUAACUAAAUAGUUUGAAAUUUUAAUCUGCCUUAAGCUAACAGUUAUUUCUCUUUGGAUCUGGGUAUGUAUCAUAUGUGGCCACUUUAGAUCUUCCCAUGUUCCAUUCAAAUCAAGGGACAUGAGUACUGUGAAAACACAUCAUUCUGUGCUUUGAUGUGUUACAAAGGAAUGUCUGUUGUGCCUGGAUGGAUGGAUGGGUGGGUGGGUAAUUAACUGGUGAAAGUUUGUGUUGUAGUAAUACCUGCAGUCCCUGCUAGAACAUUUUUAUAAAGCAAUGUUCAUCUAGAUCAGCAAAUACUGAGCUGUGAGGCUGGCUCUCCUAAGGAGGCAUGGAUAAUUCCAUGGAGAGGUACAUGAACCUCAUGCGGGUAUUGAUAAGAGUACCGUAUUUUUCGCUCCAUAAGGCGCACCGGACCAUAAGGCGCACCUGGUUUUUAGGGGGGGAAAUCAAGAAAAGAAAUCUUAUUUCUCCCCCAGCCCCAAAGAGUAGCUUCUCCCAGAGCUUCUGGGGCUGUCAGGGGAAGCCCGGGGUCCCCCCCCCCAGCCCCAAAGAGCAAAGAAGCCAAGACAGUGAGCGGGAUGGAUCCUGCUCGUUGUCUUGGCUUCCUUUUUAGCUGCGGGGCUGGGGGCAGGCCGACCCCAGCCCCCAAAACAGGUCGGGGAGCAGCAGCAAGGUUGCGCACAGCCUUGCCUCCGCUCCCGGAGCUUGCAGGGCUGGCGGGGGAAGCCCGGUUCCCCCCCCCCAGCCCCAGGGACCACAUAUUCGCUCCAUAAGACGCACAGACAUUUCCCCUUAGUUUUUAAGAGGAAAAAAGUGUGUCUUAUGGAGCGAAAAAUACAGUACAUUGUUAGAAGCUGUGCCUAGUUUCUUGUGCUGAUAGUAGAUGGGAUGCUAUAGACCAGUAAUUGCAACACGCACAGAGGCUUGUGACUAAUGAAUUUAUUAUGGCAUAAGCAAUCAUGGACAAGAGCCCAUUUCAUCAGAUGUGUUCAUGUUCGGACACUUGCACCCCCGCACCCCCUCCCCCCCAAAAACCCUGGAUGGUAGUAUUCAUUUUCUAGCAUUCCUCCCUGUUUGCCUGAUCUUGCUUUAGCUUUUAUAUUGCUGCCUCGGAGUAUAAUAGAGGAAUGGGCAUUGCAAGCCAACCCAUCUGCUUUUGCUUGUCCUGUGUUUCUGGAGGUGGCAAUGGAUGCGUUCCAAAAGUGCAGUCCUACACAGCUAUUAAGAAAUAAGCCUUAUUUAGUUCAAGGGGACUUGCUCCUGGGUAAAUGUAUAUCAGAUUGCAGCCUAAUAUACCUUCUGUAGAAAAAGUGGGUAGAUAAACCUUUUCUCCUUCAUAGUGUAAGAAUAUUGGAAUUCAUCCUGCUGGGCAGUAGAUGCAUUUCAGCAGCUAACACAUUUUUUUAACUCAAAUAUAUGCUUAUGGCUGGACAUCUGUGGGGGUUUUUUGCAUGUUGAUAUUUAAGCAUGGCUAAAAUGCUUUUCCAUUUAACAUACAGCAAGAGUUAAUUCUGAAUUGCACUGAGGAAAAGGUAUAAUAUUAACAGAACUUGAAGUACAUGACCUUGAGAAUAUAAUAAUGUCAGUGUUCCAGUUGGUAGGUCACAUUUUUGGUUAAUUAACCAUGAGAAUGUCCAGGUUUGCUGGCCAUAGGUUGUUGCUCCUCUCAUAGCUUAUCCCAUGUAAUAUACUGAGUUAUACCUGUUAAGAGAAACACUCUUAAGUUUACUGAGUUUUCUAAAAACAAAAAAAAAAUCCUAUAAUAUAAUACUUUAAGUGGGAAGAACUUUCUUACAUCUCAUGUGGGGCCUUAAAUUGCAUUGUACAAUAAAUAAAUAAACUCUUAAAUUUUGGGGACUUCAGUUGAAGUAAGCUAUCCCCAAGGAGUUAGUUGUCAGCACAGUAUGUUAAGAGCUGAUGAUUUGCUGCCAGACAAAAUGUUAUGUGAUCCACAGUGAAGAUUUAUUAUAUUGUCAAAAUUAUAUAGCUGUUGCAUUUGUUUGUAUUGGAAAUCUACUCUGAAGAACCUUGAGGACCAGAACAUUCAUUACUUUCAAAUGGACUUAAUAGCCUAAAUCUGUUCAAGUUUACUCAGAAGUAAGUUCCAUUCUGUUUGAUGGGGUUUACUCCCAACAAAGUGUGAACAGGAUUGAACUCUUAAGAAAACUAGCAACUGCUGUCGUCCAUUAAAUCUUUCCAUACUUAGUUAGAGAGCUCCUAUUUUAUAAUGCUAAACACCAAAGAAACCUGAAGUGCAAUCUACACAUGUCCCAUUUGAUAAUUUGGUAUAAAAGUGUUAAAUGCAGGAUUUGAAUUGAUGCUGAACAGGUGCAACACAUUUAUUGCAAGGGAGUUCUAUUUAAUGCAGGCGUUUAUUGGUGCUUUUCUGGAGUUUCUUUGGUAAUUUCAGGAAAUGUGUUUUAUGCAGAAAGAGGCAGCAUUCUGGUUCCCAUUUCAGUAAAUAAGUCAGGAACAAAUGAAAUAUGAGUUUUUUGUGAACUAUGGUUUGCAAAUAAGGACCCAGCCUCUCUUGUCUUUCUUCCUUUCCUUUCAUUGGUGAUAUUAACCAUGGUUUACUAAUUUUAUUCAAAGGCAGAUUACAGCUGGUAUGUCCACACACUCACUUGGUUAUAGAACGCCACUAUAUACAUAAUAAAAGUUGGGUUUUUUUCCUUUGAGCAGCAGACAUGCACAUGAUUUCACAAACUGCUUUUAUGGCUCUCUGGAGUUUCAAAAGCAAGUUUCUGUAUGAGGUGGUGAUCGCUCUUCGAGAAAUGCAAGACCAAAGCCGGGUUAGGGGUGCAGAAUUCUGAACAUUAUAACUGCAGACCAUUAUAAUUGCAAAGAUUAAUGUAGAGAAAUAUGAUUUUAAAAACUAAUCCAAAUUAAACAGCUUUAAAAUGCAGUAAAGACUUGUUUCAAGAUGCUCAGGGGUCUGAUUAUGGCUUAAUUAUUUGAUAAUAAAAGUUGCAAAAUAAAGUGUCAUAAAAUAAGUGCAUAAUAUCCAUUAACUCUGCUUCUUGGUGUUAAUGGUACUUCUGUAAAUUUGUUUGAAUCACCUAUAAUUACAUAUAACAUGCUGUCUUGGAUAGUGAAUGCAUUAGCCACCAUGAGCUGAAGUGAAUAUUAGAUGACUGACAGCUUGACAGAAUUGGAAGUGGGUCAUGCAAUAUAAUCUUAAGCUUAGAAUACUCUUCUUAACCAGAGCUUAACUGAGUUUUGUGAGCUUUCCUGCCAUUUAUUAAACUCGAUUCAACAGUGGUAUAGAAAAAAAUAAUCUUCCAGUCACAGGAUCUUCUUCAAUUAAAUGUUGAAUAUGUAAUGAAAAUUUUGCUGUUCUUUUUCUUAAUUUCUAGGAGCAAGUGCAGCAUUCCAAAGAUAUGUGGUCAUGUGAUAGCAAUUCAAAUGAAAAGCGUGGGUUCUGGUAAGUAAAGCUUUUAUUCCUCUAGCAUCCAAGUAUUUCUCAAAUAGAUUAACUAAUUUUGCUCACAUAAUAAAGAAUGGAUUUUGAUAAAUGUAAUCCAUGUGUACCUUUCUCGGGAGCAAAGUUUGCAAGCAUUUGGGUUACCAUGAUAAGGCAAUACUAUUCACUGAUGCCCCAGCCAUAUUCUUGGUAGCUUGGUUGCACUGCCGAUCAGUUAAUAUUUGAACUCAGUAUUUCCUAAAAUUACUCUUAAAGAGUGCUGUUGAAUAGUGAAAUUAACUUAAUUUGGGGAGUGGGUUAGGGUGAUUAUUAUUAUUAUUAUUUAUACCCCCGCCUAUCUGGCUGGGUUUCCCCAGCCACUCUGAGUUGCUUCCAACAGAAUAAUAAUAAUAAUAAUAAUAAUAAAGCGAUAAAACAUCAAACAUUAAAAACUUCUCUAAACAGGAAAUAUUUUAGUAGCUAGCAAAUUCAAACAGAACUUGACACACACAGCAAUGCAGGAGAAUAGUGAACACUGUAAUACCAUUGUCCUGCAUUAACGGGGCCCCUAAUUAUACUGUGAAAACUAAGCAGUUUAGAUAUGACCUUGCUUUGACUUUGAUACAGAUAUAAUCUAUUUGAUGUCUGAGAGGGGGCCAUACAUAUGGAAAGUGAAAUGCUGUAUUGUUGACACAAUGUCCUUCAUCUAAUGAAUUCAAACAACCAAGAACUUGUAUUCUUUCAACAAAUUAGAGAGAUAAUAUACCUGCAGAAUGAGAAGCUAAUCUUUACUUUGUGACAAAGCAUAAUUAAACUAAAAUAACUUGCCUCUACAAUGACUGACCUGGGCAGAGUGUCAAAGCAUGUGGUGUGUAUAUUCACUGUCUCUUUGUGCUUUGUGAAACUUCAGUAUUUGCACCUGAUCCCUUCUACUCUUUGAGCACUACCUAAUGUAGGAAUGCCACGUUUGUACCUGUCUGCAGUGUGUAGGCCCACAAAUAUUCUGUUUGUAGCGCACUGAACUGGGCACUACGGCAUGAAUUCAAAGCUAUGUUUGAAAUCUUUUCUAGGCUAGAUAGAGUGAGGGAAAGUUGAUCCUUGUCUGGAGUGGUAUAGGGAUGCCAACUGCUAAGAAUUCCUGGAAUGCACAGCACUGAAAGUUUGCUUUGUUCCCUUAGUGACUUGACCCAUUGAGAAAAUGUCGUUCCCUAGGAGGUUUUAAUAGCUUAAACUUUAGUAGUGAAUAAAAGGAACCAACUCCUAUAUGAUCUUAGCUUGUUUUCACCUGCUGUCUGAAAAAUGAAUUUUCUUAACCUUCGUGUGGAAUAACCCAACCUUGUACUUUUGAAAGAAUGAUUUGUGUGAGUUCUUCACAUUUAUCAGUUAUAAUACUGCAAGUUCCUGCAUUCCAAAUAACCAUAAUGCUCUCACAAGCCAGGUUUCUUUUAAGUCUCACUGGGAAUAUUUUAGGUAUGGGUCACUGACCUGUCUUCAUUUUAACCAACUGAUUUACAAUAAUUGCCUGGAAAAACACCAGUGAAUAUCACUUCGCUGUGUGAGUAGUUUUGUUUUCUAACUGUUCUUGCCUUGUGUCCUUGUAGCCAGGUGGGCAGCUGAGUGGAGUUUACGGUUAUAAAAAGCUAGGAUUAAGGUAGGAUAAUUUGUUAAGAUGUUACAAGAAACCAUGGUUAAUGCAAGAUGAGAUCCACAAAUCAUGGUUUCAGAUUGUGCUUUGUUGGCUACAGAAAAAAAGAAGAGUUAGUUGACUGUGGACAUUCAGAUAAUCCAUGCAGAUAAUCUGACAUACAUAUAAUCCAUAUCUGAGCAUUGCACCCAAACACAAUGCAUAAGUCUCCACUAUUUUGUCAUGCAAAAGCAAGUAAACCCUUCAUCAUUAACUCUGGAAUUCGCAUGGCUUGGAAGCGGGUAGCAUGCAACACCUGUGUUUUCAUUUCUUCUUUGCAAACAAAGCAGAUUAGGUGAGUUGAGAAACUAGUUUUAUUAAGAUAAACUUAAUCCUGUAAUAUUUCCCCUCUGUGACUUGUGGUCAGGUCUUUCCAUGAAGCAUGCUAUAAACUCCCUUUUCUCUGACAAAGCAAACAACAGGGUUGAAUAAAAAGCACACAGGUCAUCUUGAGUAAUGUGACUUUACUCACUUGGUUUUAAAGCAGGGGUAACCGACAUGGCUGAGCUCCAGAUGUUGUUGGACCACAGCUGUCACCAGCCCCCUUGUGCUAUAGCAGUGGCUGCCUUGAUGUGGUGGUUAAGAAUGUGAACUGGGAAAUCUCUGGUUCAAAUGUCUCCUUGGUUAGGAACUUGUUACGUAGCCUUACACAGAUCACUUUUUGACUUUUGGUCUGUAAUAUGAAGAGAGCACAGGCCUAUUGCACAGGCCUCUUCUAAAGUUAAUGAGUGAACAUUGAACACUCAGGACUAGCAUUAUAUAAAACCAAACAUAUAGAUGCCCUUAGGAAACCACAGGAGGUGAUGCAGCAGUAACUGUAAAAUCAUUCCGACCAGCGUUAAUGUUUUUCUUCUUACAACUUUUAAUUCUGUUGGAAGCAACAGAUUUACAGGUCAGUCUAUAAACAGUAUUAGCCCAAAUAUUGCCUUUCUUCUUCUUUUGUGCUGGUUACAAAUGUGAAAACUGCCUGCAUGUGGUAACCAUUAAGGGCAGGGUUUACCAAAUGAGUCCUGUUAAUGGAAGUUGUGUGGAAGAAGUUGCCCAAUGGGGUUUCCGUCCUCCCUCUGUGUGCCCCCACCUCCCAAAAAUAGGCUUGGGGGAUCAAGAAAACCACAGAAUGACGCAGGGGGAGGAGAGGGACAGUUGUUCUGCCUAGCAAGCUGUUCAAUGUGCCAUUGAAUUCUUCCCUAAAUCUAUAACUCCUAAGGUAUUUGGGUGCACCUGCCUGUUACAUAACCUUUGAUUACUACCAGAUCUUCAUAAAAUAGAAAAGAAAAGCUUUGCAGUCUCUUGCAGCAGUCUUCCUCCAGGAGGAGGAGAGUUGGGAACAGUCACCUUAGUCAGCUUGCCUGGAUCUAGUUGUAGGUUAAUGAUAAAGCAAAACAACUAAGGAAUGUAUAUUGCUGUUGACAGUGAGCGACUGUAAACAUCCUCGACUGGAAGCUGUGAAGCUGCAGAUGGGGCUUUCAGUCGGAUGUUUGCAGCUGCCAGCUGCCACAGGCGUCAAACAUUCAGAAAUCUUUUAGCGUGUUGUGAAAAGAAAGAGAAAGUUCUAGGUUACCUUAAGUUCUAGACCUUAUAAAAGCAACUUGACAAAGAACAAUGCAUUGUGGGGAGUAGAGUAAAUAACUUGUCAUGGUAAUGGAAUACAGUGGUACCUCGGGUUACAUACACUUCAUGUUACAUACGCUUCAGCUUACAGACUCCGCUAACCCAGAAAUAGUGCUUCAGGUUAAGAACUUUGCUUCAGGAUGAGAACAGAAAUUGUGCUCCAGCGGCAGCAGGAGGCCCCAUUAGCUAAAGUGGUGCUUCAGGUUAAGAACAGUUUCAGGUUAAGAACGGACCUCCGGAACGAAUUAGGUACUUAACCCGAGGUACCACUGUAUAAGUAAGUGACUGGCAGUGAUGUGGGCUUUGCAGAAAAUUUUGAAUUGGAAUUUUUUUUGGAAAAUUGUGCAUUUUUUUGCAUUAAAUAUAGGUGUGGUUUGAAAUGAACAUCCUAUUUGCAGGUGGCAAAAAGGGGGAGCAGCUGUUUUAGGGACCGUAGUUUUUUCUGAAACAGUUUUACCAUGGGGGGGGGUUGCUAAAGAGGGCUUUUUAACCUCCCCCUCCUUUUUGUUGACCCCAAUCACACAGUGGAACACUUGACUACUGCCUUGCUUCAAACCACAAAGUGUGCUUUAUUGAUUCUGCUUCACCCUAUUUUGAAAUAUUAAAAUUGAGGAAAAUUUAUGAAAGCAACCAUGUGGUUUAAAUGUUAUAGCCGAAUAAUUUCUAAGUAAACCUUUGAAAAUAUGUUUUUUGGAAUACUUAUAAAUAUUGUAAGACUUGAUAACACCUUCUCUUAGACUGUUCAAAUUUAAAGGGAGACAGUGAGAGGACCAAGAAUUGCCACCAAACUCAUCUUAGCUGUACUUUUAUAUUUAUUAUAUAUGCAUGCAUCCUAGAAUUUGUCACCUAAAGGUCAUAACAGUUUUAUUACAGCCGCCUAAUUUUAUUUGUAUGGCAUAAUGAAUGGAUACUAAUUUAGAUUUAUAUUAGUGCUGCAGUUUUCAAAUGGGAACUUUCCCCCUCUAUACACCGCUUGAUAAUGUGUGUGCAUCUUCCUCAAAGCCUUUGCAAGACCUUGGAUCAAGGCACCUCCCUCGCUGUUCACAAGACAUCUCUGGCCUCAGCUGCACUAUGUAUUCAAAGCAGUUCUUUAUCACUUUAAACAGUCAUGGCUUCCCCAAAGGAAUCCUGGGAACUGUAUCUUUAGGGGAACUGUGCCUUAAGGGAGCAGAGUGUUUUUGGGAGACCCCUAUUCCUCUCACAGAACUACAAUUCUCAGAGUGGAUUAACAAUCCUUCCCAGGGAACUUUGGGAAUUCUGCUUGGACUACUGCAGUGCGCUGUACAUAGGGCUACCUUUGAAGGUGGCUCGGAAACCAGAACUAAUCCAGAAUGUGGCAGCUAGACUGGUGACUGGGAGCAGCCGUUGGGAUCACCUAACACCGGUCCUAAAGGCUCUAUACUGGCUUCUAGUAUGUUUCCGAGCACAAUUCAAGGUGUUGGUUCUGACUUUUAAAGCCCUAAAUUGCCAUGGCCCUGUAUACUUCAAGGAGCAUCUCCACCCCCAUGGUUCAGCCCGGACACCGUGCUCCAGCGCCGAGAGCGUUUUGGCUGUUCCCUCAUUGAGAGAAGUGAGGCUACAGGGAACCAGGCAGAGGGCCUUUGCAGCAGUGGCACCCACCCUGUGGAACGUCCUCCCAUCAGAUGUCAAGGAGAUGAGUACCUAUACUGUAUAACCUUUAGCGGACAUCUGAAGGCAGCCCUUUAUAGAGAAGUUGUUUAAUGUUUAAUGUUUUAUUAUGUUUUUAUAUAUGUUGGAAGCUGUCCAGAGUGGCUGGGGCAACCCAGUCAGAUGAGUGGGGUACAAAACAACAACAUCAACAACAACAAACAAAUAGUAGCUAUGUGAGGGCUAUGGGUGUCUCCUAACAGCUCUCAACAUCCUUAACAAGCAGCUGUUCCCAGGAUUCAUUGGAGGAAGCCAUGACUGUUUAAAGUAGCAUAAAGCUGCUUUAUUUGGAAUACUGCAGAUGGGGCUAUAGUCUUCCCAGUUCAGGAACUGCAUCCCACCUGCCAUAACAACCAAACUACAGUUCACAGGUCAUCACAAGGGCAUGAUGGCCAGUGGCCACCUCUUUUGGGUAGCCAGUGCUGCGAUACCAGCUCACUUCAUUGAGCUGGGGCAUGCCUGCCUACGGAUGUCUAGAUCAUUCUAUUUCUAGGCCGUGCCACUCAUAAGUCAUUGCCACCCCAUUUUUGCAUUAAAUGUGCCUUCUUUUGCACAAAAAUAUUCCCACAAAUUCCCACGUAUUUAAAUAUGUUAUUUCUAGAUACGUGUUCUCUUUAAAAUGCUUCCCUUUUUAAUGCAUUUUCGAGCCAAAACUCAAACAUUUGGAGAGGUCUGUGUUGUUUGUUAAUUGCAUUUAUAUGCUGCCUUUCUGCCAAGGCAGUUAAGAAUUUUAAAAGAAUAAACAGAACCGUUCGCUGUAGUCCAGGAAGUGCUGAUCAGGCCAGUUCGUAUAGGAAUUUGCAAAUAUCAAAUUCCUCAGGCAUCCCUUCUCCUACCACUGUUCUUGCAAGGUGUGCCCUGUUAGUUUGUUUUUAAAGUGCAGUACAUAUAUACACCCCCCCUUAAUUCCACUUAGCUUACAGAUUAAACAUACAGUAGACAAACUUGCCUUGCUGCUCUGUCUAUGAUGCCUAGGCAAGUUUCCCUCCCCUCUCCCCACAGUAGCAGAAACAUCUGCAUAAUAAAGAUAUCUGAUUAAGUAGUCAUCGCGCUGAAGAUGUCUUACAAUUUCAGAUACGUGAUGACCUGGUCUCUAAUGCACCAGUGUAAAUGAGUGCGAUGUUUAAUAGGGGAUAUACUCUUUAAUUGGUGCGAUUGGCUUUAAUAAGUAAUUCAGUGCUUUAUUUCUUUAUUGGGAAGAAGGUUCAGAAACACUUCCUCUAAUAGAGAACUUGUGCGUUGUGUGUGCUGAUGGAAAUGGAAUCAAAACGGGGCCACUGAGAAAUCACAGGUUUUUUAAUCGGUGGGGAAUCCCAGGGUUUUUCCGUUUUUUAAUUUUAAAAAAGGAACCCCUAAAAACCGCUUAAUGGGGAUUAAGUGUGCUUAGUAGCCACAAAAUUGUGUGUGUCAGUAGGGAAAUAAAAGAUGGAGGGGUGGGGCCAGUGUAGAAUGCCUCACUUGAGUGCUUUACAGCUUACAGUAUCCUGAAGGAGGUCAUUGUUGCCUAGCUAGAAUCCUGAACGGAAGCAAUCCUGCUGUGAGUGGUGAGGACACAUCGUGACAUUUUGUUUAGCCCAUGCUUGUUAAACCUAAAAUGAAUCCUGUGUGCUGCUAUCUGCCCUGCUACCUAGUUCCUUGGUUGUCUUAAAACGGUUAGAAGAAAGAAGGCAGUGUGUGUGUUGAAUCACAGUUAGUUUUUACAAAAUGUCCAGCAAAGUGAGUGAGUACCAUAGUUAAAACCCCUCUGAGAGACCUGCAUUCUUUCUCUAGCCGUCAUGUAGUUCGGCCUUGCCCUUUUCAUCCUCAGCGCGGCCUGGAUCUUGACUUAGAUUGCUCUGCAAGACAUGCGUUCCACGUUAAUGAAUUAUUAACAUUGUGAAGUGCUCUGUGCACCCUAAAGUCUUGUCAUGUCAUCGGUUCCUUUGUCAUCCUGAAAAGCUAAAGCAUGUGUGUGUUUUUCCGUGUGUUUAUUUUUUAAAAAACAACAAAAUUAUUCCCGCUAUAUGACAUGGGAACCAUAGUGAAAAGAGGCUGUUGUGUUUUGUAUGUAAAUUCCUAGAAGGAAAGCAUGAUGUAAUUUCUGGCAGAACAGGCAUCUAUUUUUACUGUUUUCUCUGUUUGCCCCUAAUGUCCAAAAAGAGUUCAUCUAGUCUGACAACUGACAGUGCUUCUUGCGAUCUUGAGUUUUGGACACUGUUUUUCUACGGCGAAAAUUAAUUAAAACGGAGAAACAAUUAGGAGAAUGCCAUGUCCUAUGUUUUGCUUUAGAAACACCUCUGUUUCCAGGUCAGUUUGCAGUGUGGCUGGGGGGAUCUGCUGUUCAGAAACCAGAAGUUUUAAAUCCAUUUUAGGCAUCUGUGACUAGUUGAACCAUUGCUUUCCCACCUAGACCAGUUUAUCUAGUCCUACAUUAAUCUAAUUCUAACUAGUGUCACCAAAUACUUAUCUGUAGUUCUCAUAAGGUUACCUGUCCAGCAUUGUGCUUGCAACGACCUACCAUAUUUUCUAGCCUCUAUCCAGGACAGUUCUGGUUGGCUCAUCUCAAAAAGUAUACAGUUCUGCAGAACUGGAAGAGGUACAGUGGCGGGGGGAGGGGGCAGCGGCGAGGAAUCAAUUAAAAUGAGGAUGAUGUUGAGUAUUUUCUCUUAUCAAUGAGGAAAGGCUGAGAAAGGCUCCGGUUGCGAACGCCAAGCUCCUCUGUCUGGAUAUUGCUGGGGAAGCAGACCAUGGGAGUAAAAGAACUUUGAUCUGCUCCAGCAUAUCAAUUGAUGUUAAAACAAGGUAUUCCAUGCACAAGGCAUGGCUUAUAGAACAUGUGGGGAACCUCAGAUUCUGCUCGAUUACAGCUCCUAUAAUCCCUGACCAGCAGUGUAGUAUUAAAUUUUUUAAUGCAGAAGUUCAUCAAGACGGACUCCAUAGCCGUAACGAACAGUUGUGAUCCUUCUUCCUUUCGUUGUUUAAAUAUUUGUGGAAUGUCUCUGCCCCUUCUAGCUUGGAAGAUAAGCAUGUUUUGGUCCCUUGAGGCUUUUUGCUUUGUUGUUCAUUGUAACCUUUUAAGUUAUACUAACAUGCCUACUAAAACAGUUAUUCUACCACAUAUGAUCCUUCCUUACGUGUCGGCAACACUCACAUUGGGGUGGAAAUCAUUCGCUUCAUAUCUAAAUGUGAAUGCCUGUCCUUAUGCAGCCAAUACGGUGCCAGCUAUGCAGAAGAGACAGGGACCAGCAGGCUUGGGAGAACUCCGAGGUUUGCAGAAAUGGGGAAUAUAUCUAUCUAUCUAUCUAUCUAUCCAAGGAGGAAACAGCCCAGUGAGGUUGAGCAUGCUCAGUAGCUACAGAACUCUGAGUGACUUUUAAAGGAUGGGGCAGGGAGAGAAUACAAGAACUUAACACUACAACCUUUUAUUUAUUAAAAAAAAAUUAUGUGCCACGUAAUGAAAAAUAAUAAUAAAGGUGGUUGACACAAGCUCCAUCCAUAUUCCUCGUCUCAUUUUACAGGGGAGGUACUAUAUCUGUUCCUUGGUAUUCACAGGCCACAUUGGUUCUCCAUGAAUCCCUAUCAAUUUUGUGAUUUGCCUGCUAAAUUCCUUUAGGGUUCUUUUUGGUGCUGUUUGAAUGCAAGCAAUUUGGAGGCAGCUAUUUUUAACAAUAUCUUUCAAAGAAUCCAUUUCGAACUGCAAGCAGCAAGGCUCUGAAGUGCCAAGCAUCUGUGACUUCAAUUGAAUUCCUGUACAGUUUACUAAGUGAUGAAGCUUAUAUAUGUGUGUGUGUGUGUGUGUGUGUGUGUGUGUGUGUGUAUAUAUAUAUCCUGGAAGUUUUUAGAAACUUGCAAGACUAAAUUCCUCUCUUUACCACACUUAUGGACACUUUAGUCUUUUUGCACUAAAUUCUACACUUAAAGGCAAGGAUGCUUUGUUUUUUCUAAAGUAGAUUGCUUGUUCAGUACGUUGAAUCGAGGGUACAGUUAUUGGGCGUAGGUGUGAUCUCCCCCAUCACCACCCCAACCAGAGCUAGGUGAUCUUGCGCCCCUGGCAGAACUGUCCAGAUUGCGCCCCCUAGCCAUGGACAAAUUAGCUCUUCUUUCCGCCUCUCCUCCAACCCCCCCUCCACCCAUUCAGUUCACCCUCUAAUUAAAACCUUUUCUUAUGAGGCAAUAAUCAAUAUUUUUAUUUAUAGACAUAUUUAUGUACAUAUUUUUAACCAAUUUUGCGCCCACCCCUGGCGGGGGCCCACUUUGCCACCCCCUAACUACGGCCCUGACCGAAACCAAAAGCUGUAAAACAGGCAAACUUUCUAGUUUGAAUCCAUAAAUAGAUUGUUAUCUGUCUCUUUGUAAAGUAUCUUUACUUCUACUGCCCUUAAGACUCACCAGCUGUUAAUGGGAUUAUAUAGUUCGGUGCAAUAAUAGUUCUUAAAUGAGCAGGGUCACUAUUUCCCUCUUGAGAGAUAGGCAGACUUACCUCUUCUUUGAAACUGCUGCACUUAACAGUUUCCAGUUACUUGUAAGGUGUGUCAGCACUGGAGUGCACGCCUGUCAAAAUUGCCAGUCCUGUGAGUGGUUGUGCAGCAUGAGCCAGUAUCAAAAAUUAUGAUAUGCAUCAUAUCCUGGAAAAUGCUCCCCAUCCAUUUCAGAUUGCAGUAAUUUACCAAAAAUGCUGUUUAAAGGUAGCUCGUAUUUGGUAUUAUGUAGCUAAACUGCUUGGGAGUCUUAGGAUCUGCAUUUUUGUGGAUCCAACCCUCUUUCUCUAUCACUGAUAAGAAGCAAUUUCACAUCCUCCAGCUACGCCCAAAUGUGCAGUUUCUACAGAAGUAUGCAAAACCUCAGUUCCCAUCAGUAGGAGUCCCCCCCCCCGCAAAAAAAUAAAGUUUCAUUAUACAACUUAUGCUAACACAACUUAGCCUCUGUUGAACAUAAGUCUCCCUAUUUCUGCAGAAUAAGCCUUGCUACUGGCUUAGGUAUAGAACUAACAUAUCCAUCCUUCCAAAAAGCACCUGGUUUUUUAAUAAAGCAACACGUGUUAUUUAUGUGCAAUAUGAACUUGACUUUUAUUUUCUUGUUAGCUCUGGAAAAGAUCACUCUAUAGUGGUGGGCGUUACAUUCUUCAUAACUACUUCUUGACAGUGGUACCUCGGGUUAAGUACUUAAUUCGUUCCGGAGGUCCGUUCUUAACCUGAAACUGUUCUUAACCUGAAGCACCACUUUAGCUAAUGGGGCCUCCCGCUGCUGCUGCGCCUCCGGAGCACGAUUUCUGUUCUCAUCCUGAAGCAAAGUUCUUAACCCGAGGUACUAUUUCUGGGUUAGCGGAGUCUGUAACCUGAAGCGUAUGUAACCUGAGGUACCACUGUGUGUGUGUAUGAGAAUGAGAUGCUUGAUUGUAGGAAAACCUCGAAGUGAUUUACAAAAAAAGAUAAAACAAUAAGAUUAUCUAUAACAACAACAACCUAUAUUUAAAACAUACAGAAGGUUGAAACCACAGUAAAAUAAGGCUAAAACAAAUUAAAAUGCCUACAAACUUUCCAAACGACUUGAUAGACUUGUCUUGAUCUGGGAUGCUUUUACUUGGAUUAAUCAAUUCAGCAGGUUGAGAUGUGCAAGGAGUAAAGGGAAACUAUUUUCAGAGUUGCUCUCAAACAGAGGAACAGCUCUUGGCUCACUGGAACCAGUGUGCCCAGAAACUAGUUUCACUCUUGUUGUUGUCGUCAUAUAGUUGUUCUACUCCUGUGGUAUAAACCUUAUUUUCUGAUAUCUUAUUCCCCACUCCGUCCCAACCUUUAGUGAUUGAUUGAUUGAUUGAUUGAUUGAUUAACUUUUGAAACAGUGCAAAUUUCUUCUCUCCUCCAACCCCCAGACUUAGGCAAUGUUGUAAUAUACAGUUCGUACCUCCUGUACCAUACACUGUACACCAUAUCGUUGACAGCAGUAGUAAAAUGAAAGACCGCUUGAAUAAAAACUCAUCUGAACAAUUCCUUGUAAAAUACUCUGUUAGUAACCUUGUGAAAUGCUCAUGCUAGUAACUGUUUGGAAGCUCCAUAAAUGUGAAACAGGCUUCCUUGCUCAGUAAUGCAAAGGUGCGUAGUUUCUCCCAUGCAUGAGGAACGAAAAUUAAUUUUUUAACAGCCUUCCUCUAAAAGGGGCGUUGCCUUUUUUCUAACAUUGCAUAAAAGAGAUCUUUGUGUGUGUGCACUGAAUAAAUUGAUAAAGUCCUUGAUUACAUAGCAUUCAAAAUACCUUGAUUUGCAUGGCAUGGUUGCUUUUCUUGGUAUGGCUCACUUAACUUUCAAGUAUCACUUCUCUGAAGCUGUCACAUGGAAGAGAUUGCUGUCUCUGUAAACAAUAUAUGGGUGGUUGGCUCCUUUAAUUGUUUGCUCAGAGAACUGGCUGAGCAACUCCCUUCCAGCAGAGGAAAUGGAUUGAUGAAUUCGAACUUGACACAAGAUUGUGCAUAUCCAGAGAAGCUGUAUCCUUUGCAAGGGGAAAAGAACUUGGAUUCCUGCCAUGCAAAGGACUUGGACUCCAGCCACAUCGUACCCAUUGUGUUUUGAGCAAAUGGCAGAAGCCACAUGCUGCUUGCCUGUUUUAUCCAUAAGCAGCUAGCUAACAUGAAGAGAGUAUGAACUAAAAGAACAGAAUCUGACUUGCAUCUUAUGGCAUGUAAAUGCCGUGUUGCGGCUCUGCCCUCCCAGCCUGUCAUGUUAAGAUUGCUCCUUCACGUACGGGUGGAGAGUUCCUGUUAUUCCCAUUCCUAAAAAGUACCCAACUAGGGAAAGCCUACCCCAGUUUCCUAAAGGAGCUCCCUUCUCUGAAGUAAGUGUCUGCCUUCCAAUUUGGCUGGGCUUAGCAAUCGGUCGCUCAAAGCUACCUGAACACAAAACACAACAAAUAUGCGUAGAGUCCCUGUACUGAUCCUCUUAUCCUGCAGCUGAUGUCGGAAGCUGCCAGUGUCAAAGGUGACCAUGCAGAGUAAAUUUUGCUAUGUGCUUUUCCUAGUGUAGGAUCAGCGGGGUCAGCAGUAGUCACCGUAGUUCCUUCCAAGAUGAUGUUGGGCUGCAACUUCUGUCAGUCCCAGCAAGCAUGAUCAAUUGUCAGGGGUGAUGAGAGUUGUCAUUCAGUAACAUCUGAAGUGCACCAUUUUGGCUAUCCCUGAGUUAAGAGCAAUAUCUUGGUGUGGGUGUUCUUCCCCUCCCCAUACAUUUUGAUCAUGCAUAUUUACUGCUUCUCCAGCCAGCAGUCCAGAACAUUAUCUCCAUUACCCCCUUACCCUGUGGACCAAAUUUGAUGGAUGGGUGGGGCUGCCAAUGUGUCAGUCAGCUGAUGUCACAGUGACAUCAGGCGAUACGGCAGAGGGCUCUGCUGGACUUUUAAGUGUCGAAGAUCAACUGAUCACCCGGACUUCAGAAGUACUCUGCACAAGGCUUUUAAAAUGCCACUGGUCAGCUUAUUAGCACUUCAGAAGCUCCUUUUUGUCCAUCCAUCUUUUUACCUUUCCACACCUGAUGUCAUAUAUAGUGACAGGUGAUUGACAGGUAAGUGUGACUUGGCCAAAAUGGCCUGGCAGGCUAAAUGGGGUCUAAGGCCUAGAGGUUAUCCACCUCUGAUUGUGUAAUAUGACCUAUCUGCUGCCAGAUCUAACCUUUCCACCUUAUUACUGAUAUUAAGUAAGAAAGAUCAUGCAGGAUUGCAUGUCUUUAGUCAGUCUCUGGAUAGUUUACGCUAGGAAGCUCUUAGAAGAACUGGAUUUAUUUGGUCAUACACCCAUAAAACUGUUAACAGUUAAAAGUUUUUACAACUUCUUUCUUCAGCAAGAACUGCCUGCUGUAGUUUCAUCAGAGACAUUCCAUUGGGGGGUGAAAAAGCUCUAUUAAUAGUUUUCUACUAGCAAUAUGGGAUACUGCUGGCACUGUGUCUUAAACCACUGAGCCUAGGACUUUCCGAUCAGAAGGUCGGCGGUUCGAAUCCCCACAACGGGGUGAGCUCCCGUUGUUUGGUCCCUGCUCCUGCCAACCUAGCAGUUCGAAAGCAUGUCAAAGUGCAAGUAGAUAAAUAGGUACCACUCCGGUGGGAAGGUAAACGGCAUUUCCGUGCGCUGCUCUGGUUCACCAGAAGCAGCUUAGUCAUGCUGGCCACAUGACCUGGAAGCUGUACGCUGGCUUCCUCUGCCAGUAAAGCGAAAUGAGUGCCGCAACCCCAGAGUUGUCCGUGACUGGACCUAAUGAUCAGGGAUCCCUUUACCUUUACUAGCGAUACACAAAUUUAUGGUGCAAUAUUUAAAACGCUGUAUUCCCUAAUAGCUAUAAAUGUUGACACGUGAUUAGCAACUUUUCUGUGAAAAGAUUUCAGAAGUUAGGUAUGAUUUCUCAGUGGUUGUUGCAUUUUCAGGUGUACUGUCUUUGUCUUACAAGAGCUAUCAGAACCAAGCUGUAGGAAGAAUGCUAGGUUUUUCACUUGCUGAAAUUAUUUGCUUAAAACAACAUAGUGUCCCCCACCCUGGAAGGUUUUGAUUGCUUGGACAGCUAAGACUACAUCAGAUUAAUAAAUAUAUCAGCAGCAGAAAAUAAGGUGUGAGCUUCCAAGCUGGGGAAAGCUAGUGAUCUGUUUUUGUAGCCAGUAGUUCUGGGAAAGGUGAGUAGUAAUGUUGUGCAGAAGCACCUCUUUAAUAGCCUUUUGAUGUGUUCAAACAACUGGAGAAUUCAUAGACAAGACCAACAUGACCUGCAUUAGUUUGAGAAGAAAGGUCCAAUAGACUCCUAGACCUCAUCUGAGUACCGCACAUAUAUUGUUUGCUUUUCUAUUCUUUGAAGGAAUUCAGGGCGGCAUGCACUCAGCUGUCUCAUUUUAUACCUCGCAAAAGUCCUGAGAGACUAAAUACAGUGGGUACCUUGGUUAUCGAACUUAAUCCAUUUUGAGAUUGUGUUCGACUCCUGGAACAGUUUGAAAACCAAGGUGCGGCUUCCGAUUGGCUGCAGGAACUCCUGCACUCAGUCGGAAGCCGAAUCGGACGUUCGACUUCUGAAAAAUAUUCGCAAACUGGAACACUCACUUUCAGGUUUGCGGUGUUCGGGAGCCGAUUUGUUCAGGAGCCAAGGCGUUUGACAACCAAGGUACCACUGUACAGUGGUGACUUGCCCAUUUUCACCAAAGGCAUACUUCUGGUUUGUAAGAGAUUCAAACCAGAUUUGCCUCCGGCUCCCUGGGUGCUAUCCCACCCUGGUGCAUUCAGGACUCCCUCCCUUUUCAGUUAGAUUUGUCUGUCUGGUGAGGUGGUCAUUGUUCUACUGAGCGUAGUGGAAAUUUACCAGACAGUUAAAGAACUUGUAAGCAGAACUUGUUAAGAGAAAGUAAAUUUAGUUCAAGAGCACCCCUUUCAUUAGAAAGAGAGAGAGAACCCAACUUUCCAGUCUGCAAACUGAGGAUUUAUGCCAUUCCGUGACAUAGAAGAUUGACUUGGAAGUGGGCAGAGGCACUGAGAAAUGUGGCCUACUAAGUUUCAACCAUUUUGGUUUGGCCAGAUUACAAUGCCAAAACAAUGCCACACAGUCCCUAACACAGGGGUCAGCAAACUUUUUCAGCAGGGGGCCAGUCCACUGUCCCACAGACCUUGUGGGGGGCCAGACUAUAUUUUGAAGGGGGGGAAAUGAAUGAAUUCCUAUGCCCCACAAAUAACCCAGAGAUGCAUUUUAAAUAAAAGCACACAUUCUACUCAUGUAGAAACACCAGGCAAGCCCCACAAAUAACCCAGAGAUGCAUUUUAAAUAAAAGCACACAUUCUACUCAUGUAAAAACAUGCUGAUCCCCGGACCGUCCACGGGCCAGAUUUAGAAGGUGAUUGGGCCGGAUGCGGCCCCCGGGCCUUAGUUUGCCUACCCAUGCCCUAACAGGAGUAGUAAGCAUGUGAAAUCUACUGAACCAGAGCUAUUGAGUUGAACAGAAAGCAUGGAGGAGGCCUGCUGAUUUUUCUCUUUCUAAACGGUUUUGCUCCUGCAAAAUGCAGCAAUGAUACUAGCAUUUUUUGUGUAAACUUUUUACUUUUAAAAUAACAAUGUGGAUUGUUGCAGCAUCUGUUUUGAGCAACAUUAAGGAACUGAAUGGCUUCCCUUAGGCUAUCAGUACAGUAUUACUGGCAAAUCUCGUUUGAAUUCUUAACGCCUUUUGAACUAGGACAGAGGGUUCUUGGUUAAUGAGUGAGUGAACAAAAAGUAUUUGUCGUAAAACCAUAUCUCUCCUGAGGCAACCAUUUGUGAAACUAUGUUCAGACAUGCUUCUCUAGCUAGAAUCUGGCUACGAAUGGCACAGGUUAUGCCGCUUCCACUUCUAGUGGAUAUUCACAGUGGAACAAGUGUCUUUAAAAUAAAGGCACACAACAGUUUUGUAUGCUUGCAGAGACUAUGUUCAUACAGAAUAUCCUUAAACCUGGUGAUACCAGGCUAUUUGUGCUAUGUCUUACCAGCAGUAGAAAAGCCAGUCUUUGAGAUACUUCAAAACACAAAAGGUUCAAAACACUGUUAAAUGGGUUUGACAGAUAAGAUGAUUCCAAAUGUAAUAAAUUCAGGGCACUCAUUUGUUGUCUUGUUGAUAAAUAAUUUCUAGCAACCUGUCCUUGGUUUUUGCUUCCAUGAUGGCUAAAAUCCAUUGUAUUGAAACAGAACUUUUGCCUUCUUUUUCUGUAGUUGAUUCUCUUAAUUAAUAUGGUCAGGCAGGAUGCCCUCCCUUCAUGCGUCUAGUUUAUUUAGAAAAAAACAUUUAUAUACAUUUAUAUACCGCUGUUCAUAAAAAUAUUAGCAGUUGACAGUCAUACAUAAAACUAUGCAAUAAAAACCUGCUACAUUAACAGAGAUUUGAGAAUUUGUGGUUUAAACAAGCGGCAUACCCUAUAGGUAUAGGCACCUUUUUUCUACAGGGCUUUCCAAGUACAGGAUAAUACCAGUUCAUUCUCUGCAACUAAUUUUAUAAAAAACUCAAACUAUUUGGUUCGAACCUAGUGCUUUAUAUUGCAUUGCCUCCCUAUUUGUUGUCUCUCCUUUAGCAUCUUGUCUUAAAAUGCAUUAUGAUAGAAGCUGGCUCGCCUCAGACAGGAUUUAUGCAGUUCAGAGCAAGGAAAACACGAAACUCCAGAACAUCACUGAGAAUGGAGACUAAAUCUGGUGACCGUUUGCCAGAGGAAAAAAGGAAGGAUAAACAAAAUCCAAGAGUGUAAAAACAUUUAAUAAACUUCUUAAUCUCUUCCUUCUUAAUCUGCAGAUAGUUUGUGACAGAGGUACAGAACCCUGAGCUUGCAGGGCAGCAGUUGAAGAAGGAGCAAAAAGGUUUUUCUUGUGUGUGUGUGUUUCUUUGUGGCUGAUUAGCUGCUCUCCCUGUGCAAAGGUCAGAGGGGGCAGGGUUUCUGUUGAGGCAGGUGAUUAGCUGUGGGAGGAGCUUGCAGGGCAGCAGUUGAAGAAGGAGCAAAAAGGGUUUUCUUGUGUGUGUGUGUUUCUUUGUGGCGGCGCGCGCAGUUUGAUCCAUCUUUUAGAUUUAGGGGAGCUAGUCUCAAACGUUUGUUGGGGGAGACCUAGUUUUUUUGUGGGGGGAGUUAUUUGUCCUGUCUUCACGCUUUUUAUGAUGGAGGACCGCUGUAGCCACCCCCAACGACACGUUCUCAAGAUGGAGGGGAGGGAACAGCUGCAGUCGCCUGCGGUUCCUGCGCAAUGUUUGCCAUCUUGCCAAAGGUUGCAGGCAGCUUUACCUGCAGCAAUUGCAUGUUGAUUGCCCUCUUAAAAGACAAAGUCCAGCAACUGGAGGAACGUGUAGCUACGCUCCAAAGAAUUAGAGAGCUGGAGCUCUUCUUGGAAGCAACAGAGCACACCGUCUCCACCAAGGAGGUGACAGGGGACUCCCCUGAGAAGGAGGCUAGUUCACCAACACAGGAGCCAGAUAUAUGGAGAAACGUGACUCAAAGAAGUAGGAGGCCCAGGGUUCGCUCUGAUUGUUUAGAAAUACACAAUCGCUUUGAGGUCCUCUCCCCUAGCAUGGAAGACGAAGAGCAGACUCCAUUUGAGGAUCUCUCCCUCAUUACAGUCGAUCAGGUAUAUGAAGACAAGCAGCAAAGUCAGUCCUCAGGGAAUGUGCAGGCGACCUUGGAACGGACAGCUCACGGAAGAACCCCGACCAAACCUAAGAGGAGGCGUGUAGUGGUGAUAGGGGAUUCCCUACUGAGGGGAACAGAAGCAGUGAUCUGUGGGCCUGACAAGAUGUCUCGGGAAGUGUGCUGUCUCCCGGGGCUAAGAUCCAAGAUGUAACUGAACGACUGCAAGGAAUCAUAAAACCCACUGACAAAUACCCCUUCCUCUUGGUUCAUGUGGGAACCAAUGACACUGCAAGCAAUAGCCUCCAGAAGAUCAAAAGAGACUACGAGGCUCUGGGCAGGAAAUUGAAGCAAUUAAAUGCACAAAUUGUCAUCUCAUCUGUCCUCCCAGUUGAAUGACGUGGCCCAGGGAGAGAGGGAAAAAUAGUGGAAGUGAACAGCUGGCUUCGCAAAUGGUGUAAACAGGAACGGUUUGGAUUCUUAGAUCACGGACUGCAGUUUCUUGAAGAUGGACUUCUGGCAAGUGAUGGGCUGCACCUCACAACGGUUGGGAGAAAUGUUUUUGCCAAAAAUCUCAGAAACCUCAUCAGGAGGGCUUUAAACUGACUAAUGUGGGGGAGGAGACAGUGCUCCUGAAGGUAGGAGUCUAUCAAUUGAUGAAGAUGAUCAUCCAAAUGUCAUAGACCAAAUGGAGCAAACAGCACGCAGACCUAGUGGUGGGAGGAAAAAAUCCUUAAAUAAGAGACACGGGGGAAUGAUUAAUGGGCUUCAAUGUCUAUACACUAAUGCGCAAAGCAUGGGAAAUAAACAAGAUGAGCUUGAGCUCUUGGUACAGCAAACUAAAUAUGACAUAAUAGGCAUCACUGAAACCUGGUGGGAUAAGUCCCACGAUUGGAAUGUAAUAAUGGGGGAUACAAUCUAUUUCAGAGAAACAGACCAGACAAGAAAGGAGGAGGAGUGGCGUUAUAUGUCAGGGAUGUGUAUACCUGUGAAGAGAUCCAAGAUUUAGAACCUCAAAGCCAAAGUGAGAGCAUUUGGAUCAAAAUUAAGGGAGAGAAGAAUAACAGUGACCUCAUUGUGGGAGUUUACUAUAGAUCCCCAAGCCAAAUGGAGCACAUAGAUGAUGCCUUCCUGGAACAGAUGGCCAAGCAUGCAAAAAGAAGGGAGAUAGUAGUAAUGGGGGACUUCAAUUACCCGGAUAUUUGUUGGAUGUCAAACUCAGCCAAGAACAUAAGGUCAAACAGAUUCCUCACUGGCCUUGCAGACAACUUCAUUGUCCAGAAAGUGGGAGAAGCAACAAGAGGAACAGCCAUUUUAGAUCUGGUCCUAACCAAUGUUGAUGACCUGGUUAGUGGGGUAGAAGUGGAAGGAUCAUUAGGCGCGAGUGAUCAUGCUCUUCUGAAGUUUACUAUACAGCGGAAAGGAGCAGCCAAGCAUACUAGGACUCAAUUUCUUGACUUUAAGAAAGCUGACUUCAUAAAACUUAGGGAAGUGCUGGGUGAGAUCCCAUGGACAGUAAUACUAAAAGGAAAGGGAGUUCAUGAUGGCUGGGAGUUUGUUAAGAGGGAGAUAGUAAAAGCACAGCGUCAGGCAAUACCAAUGAGACGGAAACAUGGAAGGUGCCUAAAGAAGCCAGGGUGGCUAUCUAAAGAACGUUUAACUGAGUUAAGAUUAAAAAAGGACGUGUACAAAAAAUGGAAAAGGGGGGAAACCACCAAAGAGGAAUUCAAACAAAUAGCCAGCACGUGUAGACACAAAGUCAGAAAAACUAAAGCACAGAAUGAGCUCAGGCGUGCUAGAGAGGUUAAAAGCAACAAAAAAGGCUUUUAUGGGUAUGUUCGUAGCAAAAGGAAGAACAAAGCAACAGUGGGGUCACUCAGAGGAGAAGGUGGUGAAAUGCAAACAGGGGACACAGAAAGGGCUGAACUCCUCAAUGCCUUCUUUGCCUCAGUCUUCUCCGAUAAAGAAAACAAUGCCCGACCUGAAGAAUUUGGAGCAAAGGAAGCACAGCAAAGGAAGCACAGCCUAGAAUAACUAAGGAGAUAGUACAAGAAUACUUGGCUAGUUUAGAUGUAUUCAAGUCUCCAGGGCCAGAUGAACUGCAUCCAAGAGUAUUAAAAGAACUGGCAGAUGUGAUCUCAGAACCACUGGCAGUCAUCUUUGAGAAUUCCUGGAGAACAGGCGAAGUCCCGGCAGACUGGAGGAGGGCAAAUGUUGUCCCUAUUUUCAAAAAGGGAAAAGAGAGGACCCAAAUAAUUACCGCCCAGUCAGUCUGACAUCAAUACCAGGGAAGAUUCUGGAGCAGAUCAUUAAGCAAACAGUCUGUGAGCACCUAGAAAGGAAUGCUGUGAUCACCAAUAGUCAGCAUGGAUUUCUGAAAAAUAAGUCAUGUCAGACUAACCUGAUCUCAUUUUUGACAGAAUUACAAGCCUGGUAGAUGAACGGAACGCAGUGGAUGUAGCCUACCUUGAUUUCAGCAAGGCAUUUGACAAGGUGCCUCAUGAUAUUCUUGUAAAGAAGCUGGUAAAAUGCGGUCUUGACUAUGCUACCACUCAGUGGAUUUGUAACUGGCUGACUGACCGAACCCAAAGGGUGCUCAUCAAUGGUUCCUCUUCAUCCUGGAGAAGAGUGACUAGUGGGGUGCCACAGGGUUCAGUCUUGGGCCCGGUCUUAUUCAACAUCUUUAUCAACGACUUGGAUGAUGGACUCAAGGGCAUCCUGAUCAAAUUUGCAGAUGACACCAAACUGGGAGGGGUAGCUAACACCCCAGAGGACAGGAUCACACUUCAAAACGACCUUGACAGAUUAGAGAACUGGGCCAAAACAAACAAGAUGCAUUUUAACAGGGAGAAAUGUAAAGUAUUGCACUUGGGCAAAAAAAAUGAGAGGCACAAAUACAAGAUGGGUGACACCUGGCUUGAGAGCAGUACAUGUGAAAAGGAUCUAGGAGUCUUGGUUGACCACAAACUUGACAUGAGCCAACAGUGUGACGUGGCAGCUAAAAAAGCCAAUGCAAUUCUGGGCUGCAUCAAUAGGAGUAUAGCAUCUAGAUCAAGGGAAGUAAUAGUGCCACUGUAUUCUGCUCUGGUCAGACCUCACCUGGAGUACUGUGUCCAGUUCUGGGCACCACAGUUCAAGAAGGACACUGACAAACUGGAACGUGUCCAGAGGAGGGCAACCAAAAUGGUCAAAGGCCUGGAAACGAUGCCUUAUGAGGAACGGCUAAGGGAGCUGGGCAUGUUUAGCCUGGAGAAGAGGAGGUUAAGGGGUGAUAUGAUAGCCAUGUUCCAAUAUAUAAAAGGAUGUCACAUAGAGGAGGGAGAAAGGUUGUUUUCUGCUGCUCCAGAGAAGCGGACACGGAGCAAUGGAUCCAAACUACAAGAAAGAAGAUUCCACCUAAACAUUAGGAAGAACUUCCUGACAGUAAGAGCUGUUCGACAGUGGAAUUUGCUGCCAAGGAGUGUGGUGGAGUCUCCAAGCAGAGGCUUGACAACCAUAUGUCAGGAGUGCUCUGAUGGUGUUUCCUGCUUGGCAGGGGGUUGGACUCGAUGGCCCUUGUGGUCUCUUCCAACUCUAUGAUUCUAUGAUUCUAUGAUUCAAUCCAGGGGUUAUGGGUGGGGAGGAAGGGAUGAAUACUACUUGUAAUAUAAAAAUAUUUUGGUUUACAAUGGUCAUUUCUCUUCAUUUAUAGGAACAUCAUCAUGA